UUUUGCCGACUCGACAGUUUUUGCUAAACAUCAACAAACAGGCAUGUGGAGUGGAUGAUGAAAAUUGUUAUCUAAGUACUUUAACGCUCUACAGCUUCAUUGAAUUCUUAUUUUAAAAUAAAGAUGCUUUCCGGAAAGUUUUUGCUGCAGCAUGGAAAGUUGGGACUGAGACAGUUUUCAACCCUCAAACUGACACAGCAAAAAGGAUUGAAAAACUCGAUGACAAAAGCGUUUCAAAUUCCCCAAAGAAAUGCACGAACCCACGCACGAGCUAACGUUAAAUCCUGGGAAACUGCAAAAGCACCUAGUAGGCUUGGAGCUGAAAACAUUGGCAGAGCUGUUUUAGGUGGUGCUUGUGCUGCAGGUGUUGGAGCUUUGUGUUUCUAUGGAUUGGGUUUAUCAAAUGAUGUUGGAGCUAUUGAUAAAGCAAGGUUUUGGCCUGACGAGAUGCGUCAGCGUGUCAAAUCAACCUAUUUGUACUUUACUGGAAGCCUUGGCAUUACUGCUGUGUCAGCAUUUUAUUUAAGCAGAAGCAAGGCUGUCUUUCGCAUGAUGAAUGCUAACCGGUGGCUUGUGUUUGGUGGUAGUCUCGCUGCUAUGAUUGGCAGCUCUAUCGCUUGUCAAUCAAUUGAAUAUCAGCCUGGAUUCAAUGCUAAGCAUCUUGCAUGGACAGCACACAGUGGAAUUGUCGGCGUUGUUAUUGCACCGUUGAUGUUAGUGGGUGGCCCGCUAGUGUUGAGAGCAGCUGCGUACACCGCUGGAACGGUGGCUGCACUGUCCUUGACAGCAGCUUGUGCACCUGAUGAGAAAUUUUUGACAUGGGGUGGGCCUCUAUCUCUCGCUCUGGGUGGUAUUUGCGUGGCUUCCAUUGGCGGGAUGUUCCUCCCUGCCACAUCUGCUGUUGCACCGGCUAUCAGUUCACUUGUGACGUAUGGUGGACUGGUUGUAUUCGGUGGCUUUAUGUUAUACGACACACAAAAGAUUAUAAAACAUGCUGAGCUGACGACUUAUAGUGGGAAAAGUUAUGAUCCUAUCAAUGCUUCAAUCGGAAUAUACAUGGACACAAUCAACAUCUUCAUCCGAAUACUAAUGAUCAUGGCUGGUAACAACAGACGAAAAUAAAAACAGACUCAAUUUUGAUUUGCUGUCUUUUCUUUGUACAAAUGCAUGUGAAAUAUUGUUUAAAUUUGUAAACCAA